UAAUAUAAAAUCUAAAAAUCCAUAUGAAUUAUAUAUACCCGAAAAUGCGUGUGUGUGAAGCACGUAAUCAGUAGGGAAACGGGGAACGACUAAUUGCCUUGUUAACCCGUACGGCCUGACCCCUACCGGCAUGCAGAAGCAUCGCUUCGGACGAUUCCUCUCGGGCUUAUGGAGCCGAUCGCCGUCUUUACUUCGUAGUCUAUGGUUAAAGUAACCCUUAUUUUACAGACAGAAGUAACAAAAGAAGAAACAGAUGUUGAAAAAUGUCUUCAGAAAAUAUGUCAAGAGAUCAAAGCAAGCUACAUCAAUUGUUGGGGAUCCACUUUGUACCACAAAGGAGAUUUGCCCUUUCAAAUUAAUCAUGUUCCUGACUCAUACACAGGAUUUCGAAAAGAUGUUGAAGAGAAGUUGAGAAUCCGUCCAGAAAUUUCAAUGCCAGACAAGAUGAAGCAAGUUCCUACUUUUCCACAUGAAAUUCCUUGGGGGAACCUCCCCACAAUUGAAGCACUAAAUUCUACUAAACCAAUCCCAAAUUCAUCAUCAGCUUUCCCUUUCAAUGGAGGUGAAACUGCUGCAUUACUCAGACUACAAUCUUACCUUUGGGAUACAAAUGUUGUGGCACAAUAUAAAGAAACAAGAAAUGGACACAUUGGAUCAGACUUCUCAACCAAGUUCAGUCCUUGGCUGGCUCAUGGAUGCCUUAGUCCAAGAAGAAUUCACUGGGAACUUGAAAAGUACGAGCUGCAAAGAACUAAGAACCAAUCGACUUAUUGGGUUCGUUUCGAGCUACUUUGGCGAGACUAUUUCAAAUUCGUUUCAAUGAAAUAUGGCGACAGGAUAUUUUACCCAAAUGGAAUGAAAGGCAGACGUCAACAGUGGAAGAAGGGCAUGGAACUCUUUAAAGCAUUACAAAGAGUACCGUUUGUAGAUGCAAACAUGCGUUAA